CGCCUCCCGCCGCGCCGGGCCGGGCAGGGCAGGGCUGGGCAGGGCUGGGCUGGGCGCUGCGGCGAGGGGCGGCCCGGCCCCACGGACUGACGGGCGGACGGACGGGCGGACGGCGCGGCUCGCAGCCCCAUGGCUCUGGAUUUAUAAACACGGCGCAGAUGGCGGGGCCGCGUCCCCGCGCACGGCGCUGCCCCGCCGGCCGCUGAAGCGGGAGUGGCGGCGGCGAUGGGGGGCGGCAGCUGCCGGCGGGAUUAGCUAUUGCGCCGCGUGGAGAGCACACACACGAUGAAGAGGAGCUCUCGGCUCUCCUAAUCCUUCGUUGGUGAUUUGGAAGCAGCCACCGCCGCGCCCGUUCUUCGGCCAUGUCUGGCUCCACGCAGCCCGUGACGCAGAGCUGGCGCGCGGCCGAGCCGCGCUACCCCCCGCACGCCAUGUCCUACCCGGUGCAGAUCGCCCGGCCACACGCGGACGUGGCGCUGUUGGAGUACCAGCAUCAUUCCAGGGAUUUUGCUUCCCACCUCCCGCCAGGGUCUAUCAUGCAGCCGCAGCGGCGGAGGCCGUCCCUGCUCUCCGAGUUCCAGCCGGGCAAUGAAAGAUCUCAGGAGCUGCACCUGAGAGCCGAGGGCCAUUCCUAUCUCUCUGACCUGACCAAGCCAUCGGACUUGGAGUUCAUUGAAACCAAGAGGCCACGCCUGGACCUGCUGCAGGACCCCCUGAUGCGGCACUCGCCUCUCCUGAGCCAGAGCCAGCAGGGAGCCACAGAGGAUCUCUCAAAGGAUCGUGGCCUGACUGGCAAACUGGAGCCCGUGUCUCCUGUGAGCCCUGCCCACCCUGAGGCCGAGCUGGACCUGCUGCCCGCCCGGCUCUCCAAGGAGGAGCUCAUUCAGAACAUGGACCGCGUAGACCGCGAGAUCACCAUGGUGGAGCAGCAGAUCUCCAAGCUGAAGAAGAAGCAGCAACAGUUGGAGGAAGAAGCAGCCAAACCACCAGAGCCUGAAAAACCCAUCUCUCCCCCUCCUAUCGAGUCCAAACAUCGCAGCUUGGUGCAGAUCAUCUACGACGAGAACAGGAAGAAGGCGGAGGCUGCCCACCGGAUCCUGGAAGGGCUGGGUCCCCAGGUGGAGCUGCCGUUAUACAACCAGCCUUCAGACACCAGGCAGUACCAUGAAAACAUUAAAAUAAACCAGGCAAUGCGGAAAAAGUUAAUUUUAUACUUUAAGAGGAGAAAUCAUGCGCGCAAACAGUGGGAACAGAAGUUUUGCCAGCGCUAUGACCAGCUGAUGGAGGCCUGGGAAAAAAAAGUGGAGCGCAUUGAAAAUAACCCCCGGCGCCGUGCCAAAGAGAGCAAAGUGCGGGAAUACUAUGAGAAGCAAUUCCCGGAGAUCCGGAAACAACGCGAGCUGCAAGAGCGCAUGCAGAGGUUAGAGGAGAAGCGCAGGGUAGGACAGAGGGGCAGUGGAGGGCUCUCCAUGUCAGCCGCACGCAGUGAGCACGAGGUGUCUGAAAUCAUCGACGGGCUCUCAGAACAAGAGAACCUGGAGAAGCAGAUGCGCCAGCUCGCCGUCAUCCCGCCCAUGCUCUACGAUGCUGACCAGCAGCGCAUUAAAUUCAUCAACAUGAACGGCCUCAUGGAUGACCCCAUGAAGGUCUACAAGGACCGGCAGGUGAUGAACAUGUGGAGCGAGCAGGAGAAGGAAACCUUCCGGGAAAAGUUCAUGCAGCAUCCGAAGAACUUUGGCCUGAUCGCAUCCUUUUUGGACAGGAAGACGGUGGCUGACUGCGUCCUCUAUUACUACCUGACCAAGAAGAAUGAGAAUUACAAGAACCUCGUAAGAAGGAAUUACCGGCGGCGCGGGAAGAGCCAGCAGCAGCAAAUGCCCCGGAGCAGCCAAGAAGAGAAAGAUGAAAAAGAGAAAGAAAAAGAGAAGGAGGGAGAGAAGGAGGAAGACAAGCAGGAAACAGAAAAUGACAAAGAAGAACUGACAAAGGACAAGAACGACGACACAUCUGGAGAAGACAACGAUGAGAAAGAAACGGUCACCUCCAAAGGUCGCAAAACCGCCAACAGCCAGGGCCGGCGCAAGGGCCGCAUCACCCGCUCCAUGGCCAACGAGGCCAACAACGAGGAGGCAGCCACGCCGCAGCAGAGCGCUGAGCUGGCUUCCCUGGAAAUGAAUGAAAGCUCUCGCUGGACCGAGGAGGAGAUGGAGACGGCUAAAAAAGGUCUCCUUGAGCAUGGGCGGAAUUGGUCAGCCAUUGCCAGGAUGGUGGGCUCCAAGACUGUGUCACAGUGCAAAAACUUCUACUUCAACUACAAGAAGAGGCAGAACUUGGACGAGAUCCUACAGCAGCACAAACUGAAAAUGGAGAAAGAAAGGAACGCCAAGAGGAAGAAGAAAAAAGGCGCCGCUGUUCAGAACGAAGAAGCCACCUUCCCUCCUGCAGCUGAGGACGAGGAGAUGGAGGUGUCGGGGACGAGCGGCAACGAGGAGGAGAUGGCGGAGGAGGCGGAAGCUGCAGUAAAUAACAGCUCCGACACCGAGAGCAUUCCCUCGCCGAGGCCCGAAGCCAAAGAAGGAGGCGAAAACGGGGCCAAGGCACCACCCGGGCCGGGAGGUGACGCCGGCACGGAACCGGCAGUCAAGUGGGAAGAGGCUCCGACACCCCCCGACGCUCCCCCUGCUCCCCCCGCCAACCCCGCUCCUGCUGCCAGCCCCCCGCCGGAGACGGCUCCCGAGGCACCCAGCGCCGAGGAGAAGGUGCCGGAGGACCUGGUGGUGGACGUGGUGAAAACGGAGGAGCCGGAGGAGAAGGUGAGCGAGGAGCCCUGCAAGAGCGAGGUGAAGAAGGAGGAGAGCGAAGAGAGCCAGGAGAAGGACAAGGGGAAUGACAAGAAGGUGGAAAGCGGCGUCAGCAGCGCAGGGACGGCGGGGCCGGAGGGGACACCCAAGGCCGAGAAGAAGGAGAGCCAUAAGGGCAGUAAAGGCCCCGGGGUGAACCCCGACAGCGACUCCAGCGCGACCUGCAGCGCAGACGAGAUGGAUGAGCAGGAUGCUGUGGACAAGAGCAGGUUGCUGUCCCCCCGGCCCAGCCUGCUCAACACCGCCAGCGACGCCAGGCUCAACUCCUCGCCGCAGAAGCCGCUGGACCUGAAGCAGCUGAAGCAGAGAGCUGCUGCCAUCCCUCCCAUUAUUUCUGAAGGUUUCUCAGAGGGGGUGUUGCAGAGCGGAAGCGCGAAGCCUCAGGUGCCUCCCCACGCCUUGGCUCUCUACCAGCAGCAGAUCACAAAAGCCCACGAGUCUGCCCGCGAGGACAUGCCCCCGAGCAAGCUCUCACAGUCCCAGCAGCAGCAGGCAGAGAAGGAGCAGCAGCAGCCCAGCAGCAGUCCCAGGGGGAAGAGCCGGAGCCCCAGUGUUGGUGAAAAGGAAGAAAAGUCCGUGCAUUUCUCAGCCAUUGCAGAGGCUCAGAAGCUGAGUGCCGAGUCGAUGGCUGCCUCCUGCUGGCCCCCUGUUCUGUCCUACCCCCGGGAUGUGAUCAAAACUUCUCCCCAGGCGGAGCCCCACUUGUUCCAGUAUAACCCACCAGGACACCCCAUCCCACUAAACCUGCAUGAGAGCUCUCGCUCAGGGCUGCAGAGACUAGCCAGCAUCUCCAACCCUCCUCCCCUCAUCUCCUCCACCAAGCACCCCUCUGUGCUGGAGAGAUCCGUCGGAUCCAUUUCCCAGGGAAUGCCCAUCCAGCUCCACACACCCUACAGCCCCGAGCACGCCAAGGUCCCCGUUGGUUCCAUCACCAUGGGCCUGCCACUAACCAUGGAUCCCAAGAAACUGGUGCCUUUUCCUGGAGUAAAGCAGGAACAACUUUCUCCUAGAAGCCAGGCCAGCCAGCCAGAAAGUCUGGUUCUGCAGCCAUCCCAGGAGGGCUCCAUCCUGCGGGGUACUUCCCUCAGCUCUGCCUCGGGAGGAAGCAUCACCAAAGGAACACCCACAUCCAGACCCCCUCCGGAGUCGCCCAUCACCUACCGAGGGUCCAUCACACAUGGCACCCCGGCAGAAGUGCUGUACAAAGGAACCAUUACCAGGAUAAUCGGAGAAGACAGCCCCAGCAGAGCAGAGAAGGCGAGGGAGGAUGCCGUGCCCAAAGGACAUGUCAUCUACGAAGGGAAGAAAGGCCACGUGCUGUCCUAUGAGGGUGGAGUUGCUGCUUCUCAGUGUCCCAAAGAAGACAGCAGGAGCUCGGGAGCUUCCCAUGAGACCACAGGAACUAAGAGGACCUAUGAUAUGAUGGAGGGGAGGAUCAGCCGGGGCUUAUCAGCCCGUGAUACCUUAUCUACCAGCAUUGAAGGUCUCAUGGGUCGAGCGAUCCCUCCAGACCGACACAGUCCCCAUAACCUAAAGGAGCAGCAUCACAUGCGAGGCUCGAUUACACAAGGAAUACCUCGGUCCUAUGUGGAGGCCCAUGAGGACUACCUCAGAAGAGAAGCCAAACAGCUCAAGAGGGAAAACACUCCACCAAGGGACUUAUCUGAUGCCUACAAGGUCAGAUCUCACGAUCUGACUCCUCUGAAAAUGAAAUCAGCCCAUGAAGACCUGGUAGCCACAGUGAAAGAAGCAGGAAGAUCAAUCCAUGAGAUUCCCCGGGAGGAGCUGAGGCGGACACCGGACAUCUCUCUGGCCAGACCUCUGAAGGAAGGUUCCAUCACACAGGGUACCCCACUGAAGUACGACAGCGGCUCUUCCUCGUCCAGUACCAAAAAGCACGAUGUGCGGUCCAUCAUCGGCAGUCCCGGCAGGACUUUUCACUCUGUGCAUUCUCUGGAUGUCAUCCAAGACCCGAGGAAUCUGGAAAGAGCUUAUGAAGAGAGCCUGAAAAACAGGCCAAGCCCUGUGACAAACUCAGGUGGCUCCAUCGCCAGAGGGGCUCCUGUGAUCGUGCCCGAGCCUGGCAAGCCCCACCAGAGUGCCCUCGGCUAUGAGGACCACCAGGCAGGGCACAGCACGGCCUUCAGCAGCCACUUGCACAGGGGGUCUCCGGUCUCCACACGGGAGUCCACGCCGCGGCAGCACGAAGGGAGCAUCACUGCUGGGAAGCCGGUGUCCCAGGACAGAAAGAUCACCCCCACAUCGAGAGAGCUCACCAACUCCAAGUCUCCUCACGCCCCCGUGCCCGACCACCACCACCCCAUCUCCCCGUACGAGCACCUGCUCCGCGGCGUCAGCGGCGUCGACCUGUACCGAGGACACAUCCCGCUGCCUUUCGACCCCGCCGCCAUCCCCAGGGGAAUCCAACUGGAAGCAGCUGCUGCUUACUACCUGCCAAGGCAUCUGGCUCCGAGCCCCACGUACCCACACCUGUACCCCCCGUACCUCAUCCGGGGCUACCCGGACACGGCUGCCAUGGAGAACCGCCAGACCAUCAUCAACGACUACAUCACGUCGCAGCAGAUGCACCACAACGCCGCAGCCACGGCCAUGGCGCAGCGGGCGGACAUGCUGCGUGGGCUGUCGCCCCGGGAGCCCUCCCUCGCCCUCAACUAUGCAGCAGGCAUCAUCGACCUGUCCCAAGUGCCACACCUGCCUGUCCUCGUGCCCCCUACCCCUGGCACCUCUGCCACCACCAUGGACCGCAUCACUUACAUCCCUGGACCCCCCCAGACCUUCGGCAGCCGGCACAGCAGCUCCCCGCUCUCCCCAGGAGGGCCCACGCACAUGACCAAACAGUCAGGAUCAUCGGUGUCCGAACGGGAACGGGAGCGGGAACGAGAACGGGAACGAGAGAGGGAGCGUGAAAAAUCCAUCCUGGCCUCCACCACAGUGGAGCAUGCGCCCAUCUGGAGACCAGGUACAGAGCAGUCCAGCAGCCGUUCGUCCUCCCACUCUCACAGCCACCAGCACUCUCCCGUCUCACCCCGCACCCACGAGACCAUCCAGCAGCGCCCCAGCGUGCUCCACAACACGAGCAUGAAGAUCAUCUCCUCGGAGACCCCCACCCCUUCCGUCCUACGAUCCUCCUCCACCACUACCACAUCACCGAUCCGCUCUGCCGCCUUCCCCUCGGCCUCCACCCUGCGCUCGUCCCUCAGCGCGGCCGACGGCUACGCGGCCCCGCUGGACCCGGCCAUCCUGCAGAAAGAGGCCUCGAGGGUGCGGGAGGCCAAGACAGAACGAGCCCAGACUGACAACAACGUCUACACCUCAAAGCUGCCCAGCGGGGCCAACCUCGAGCAGUCACCUUCGCCCAUCAAAGCCAUGGAGUCAAGACCUUUGCCUGCCUCCGGACCUGGUUCCUCUCAUCACUAUGGCAGAGGACAGGGGAAAAGCCAGCAGCACCAUCACCCUCUGGACCAGCAGCACGCAGCCUCGGGCUCCGAGCAGCACAGCAGAGAAAAGAGUCAAAGUAAACGCUUCUCCAUGCAGGAACAGGAGCUCCGGGCACUCGGCUUUCAUGGAGGCUACAGCCCUGAGCGGAUGGAAGCCGUGAGUCCCGUGAGCUCGCCCAGCCUGUCCCAUGAGAAAGGGGCCAAGCUGCUGCAGGACACAGAGAAGGGGCAUGGGGAGCACGACCUGAGGCAGAAGCAGCAAGGCUCGCUGAAGGCCUCGGCUCCUGAAGCCGCCCACCUGCAGCACCUGCGGCAGCCCGACGGCCCCCAGUGCCAGCCCCUGCAGUCCAGCCAGAGCAUCAAGGGCAUGAACCAGCGGGUGGUGACGCUGGCCCAGCACAUCAGUGAGGUCAUCACGCAGGACUACACGCGCCAUCACCCUCAGCAGCUCAACUCCCACAUCCAGGCCCCGGUGUACUCGUUCCCCGGCGCGGCGUGCCCGGUGCUGGACCUGCGCCGCACCCCCAGCGAGGCCUACCUGCAGCAGCAGGAGCACACGGCGGCCUCGCGCAUCUCCCCGCAGAACGAAGGGGGGAAAAGGUCCCCAGAGCAGGGCAAGGCGGCUGGGGACAGCUGUAUCGAGCCGGUGUCUCCACCAGACGGCGUGGGAGAAGCGGAACACGCCAAGAGCGCCCCGUACCCCGUCCUGUUCCGCGAGGGAGAGCCCAUGGACCAGAGGAUGGGGUCCAAGUCCCCAGGAAACAACACUCAGCGUCCAGCUUUCUUCAGCAAGCUGACGGAAAGCAACUCUGCCAUGGUGAAGUCCAAGAAGCAGGAGAUCAUCAAGAAGCUCAGCACGACCAACAAAAACGAGACGGAGUACAAUGUGGGGCAGCCUGGGACAGAGAUUUUCAACAUGCCAGCGAUUACCGGAGCAGGGCUAAUCAGUUGUAGGAGCCAGUCGGUCCAAGAGAAUUCCAGUACCAACAUGGGGUUGGAGGCAAUAAUUAGGAAAGCCCUAAUGGGUAAAUAUGACGAGCAGUGGGAAGAGCGCUCACCUCUCAGUGCCAAUGCUUUUAACUCUCUGAAUGCCAGUGCAAGCCUGCCCGCUGCUAUGCCCAUAACUCCUGCUGAUGGACGAAACGAGGACGUGCGCUCCUUGCCAGGAGGAGGGGGGAAGCCAAAGAUCGCUGCCAGACCCAACAGCCGCAAGGCCAAGUCCCCGGCGCCCGGUCUGUCGGCGGGCGAGCGGCCGCCCUCCGUCUCCUCGGUGCACUCGGAGGGGGACUGCAACCGCAGGACUCCCCUCACCAACCGCGUCUGGGAGGACAGGCCAUCGUCUGCAGGUUCGACGCCGUUCCCCUACAACCCGCUCACCAUGCGGCUCCCCAGCGGGGUGGUGACGGCAGCCCCCAGCGCCCCGCUGCCGCAGGGCACCCCCGGCAGCCAGCACCACGCCUGGGACGAGGAGCCCAAGCCCCUGCUCUGCUCCCAGUACGAAACCCUUUCGGACAGUGAAUGAGAGGAGCCAGGGGCAGGGAGACGGCGACCAAACCCGGGGCACGGGGAAGCGAGCGGGACACCCGGGGCGAGCGCCCACCACCCCGGCCCCGCCGGCUCUCACGAGCGAAGAUGCAGGAGCAGAGCUAUUUCAUUUUUCCCUUUUCCUUAUUUUUUUUUUCCCCCCUUCCCUCCCAACCAGCCAAUUUGGUGGGGAUGAUGGGUUUGGGGUUGGUUCGUUUGUUGUUUUUUUUUUUUAAUUUUGUUCGGGUUAUUUUUUUUUUUCUUUCUCAACAUCUGGAAAUUUCUGCAUCCUCUUCGGUCUGAUAAAGAAAAGAAAAAGCCUUAACGAGACAAAACCCAAGGAACCCAUCUUCGAUCUUGGCAGCCGUGCUGGGCGGUGAGCCCCGCGCUCCAGAGGGACCGUGAGCGGCCGUGUGUCCGUCCCGGACGCUCCGCUCUGCCGGCACCGUCCCGCGGGAUGUUCCUGCGGAGCUGGCAGCGAGCGGUGGGAUGCUCCCCCGGACCCGGCCAUGGGGAUGUGCCUCAGAAUUGCAAAACCUUGAGCGGGUUAAAGAAAAGAUUAAAGAAAAAAAAAAAAUACAAAAAAAAAAAAAAAAACAAAACCACAUAAAAACGGUUGAGAAGUGAAACAGGACGGAACGCCCCGGGUCGGUUCCCUGGCUGAUCCGAGGGCUCGGUGCCCGGCAUUCCCGUGUCACAAGACGUAUCAGCCCCGCGACGACACGCUUCGAACGUGGCUGGGAGGAGAGGGAAGGGGAGGGAGUGAAAAGCUGUUUCUUAAAAAAAAACAAAAAACAAAAAAACCCCACAAAAAAUCCUGGUCCCUUGGAUGGAAGCAAUCCCGGGUCACUCGGAGUGGGCAGGGACGUCCCCGGGCUGGCUCACGCGCUGCCCACCGAGGGGCUCGGUUGCUUUAAGUGCAUUGUUUUCUGAAUGGUGAGAAAAGGCAAUUGUAAAUUGUAUUGGUCUACAGGGUAUAUUUUUGAUACCUUCAGUGAAUUAUGUCAAUAUUUUACGCAAGGAAGGACUUAAACAAAACACAGUAUUACAUGCUGUAAAAGAGGUUCUGUUCUUACGUGCAGGCUUUGAUGCAUUUGUCCAUUGUAUGGAAGGGUUUGGAAAAAAAAAAAAAAAAAAGAAGGUAACAAUGAUCCAUCAAAGUUAUCUGGGAGUCAGGAGAAUGUAUGUACUUAGUUUAAAAAAAAAAAACAAAAAAACCAAACAAAAAUCUUGCCAUGGUUGCAGGGCCCCCCGUUACACACACCUUUGCCGGUUGUAGACGUUGAUUCUCCAGAGCCCUCCAAGCUGGCCAGGGCAGGGGCAGAGUGGGCAGGAGGCCAGCGUGGCAGGGAGUUCACAGGAAACUUUAAAAAAAAAAAAAAAAAGGAAAAAAAGUUAAAAAAAAGUUUUUAUUGUAUUUUUGUGAUACACACGAAUGCUCUACUUUACAUUAUUUUUUUCAUUCCAUGAUGUUGGCUCAUAUCUGCAGUUACAUGGUUAAAGAACAAAAAUAUUAGACUUUUUUUCAUUCACUUCUGCUUUUUCGCUCUGGGGGGAAAACAAAUGGCAAAAAAAAAAAAAAAAGAAAAAAAAGAAAAAAAAAUAAAAUGUAUUAAAUGCUUUGCAUUCUAUACGCUAGAGGAGCCCCAGCCCGGCCCAGCCCCACAGCCUCCAGCAGCCCCACGGGCUCAGGCGCCAUCACCUUCCCCAUGGAUCUUUCUUUUCCCCCUGCAACGUUCCCAGGUUGAUUCUGAUUUCAAAGCAAGAGAAUGAUGGUGUUUGUUGUUUGUUUGGGGUUUGUUUUUUUGGAUUUUUUUUUUUCCUGUUGGGUUUUAUUUUUUGUUUUGGUUUUUUUUUUACAAUGUACAGGUUUUUAAAUGUUCAUCGAUGUUUGUGUCUUUUCUGUUGUGCUUUUUUUUUUUUUGUUUGUUUUUUUAAAGAAAAAAAUCCGAGACAAUGCACAAGCGAUGUGGAAAGUCUUUGCGUUCCCAGGUUAUUGCUGCUGGUGUCUCUGUGGCUCUGAGCUGUACAAACUCACAGAGCUGAUGUCUGGGCAAAACGCUAUUAAAAUGUUGCAGAUUUUGCUGGGAAAAAAAAAAAAAGAAUGAUCCAAAUCUGACCCAUCUUCAAAGCCGCCUCUUUAGCUGAUUCGGAAAAAAUAGCAGAAAAAUCCCCGAGCAGAACAAAGAAUAAAGUUCCCACUUGGCACAGUA